CCUACUUCUGGCCCCGCCCCUCUGCUUACACCUGUGCAACGCACAGCAGCCGCACCUGUUCGGAGCUCUGCGCUCUGCCCGGGCAGUUUUCACCUUCCAUUACCUCUCCCGCUCAGACAGUCCACAUCAGCCUGCUACUGCACUUGUAUCUCUUUCACCUGGCAUGCUGGAGCUCCUGGCUUACCUGCAAGACUCGGAGCUCGUGGCCCGGUUCCAGAGACUAUGUGGACUCAUCCCCGUCGAAGCCGCGCAUCCCGGCCGAGGGUGGACGCGCACUGCGAAAGGAAUCCCGGUCCUCGCCCACGAAGGGAGAUGGGACCGCCAGGAUAAGAAUUCAAACUAUACACAUAAGCAGAAUGGACAUGCUGUUGGUGGCUGUAGCGGGCCUCCACAGUAUGAGGUGAGGAAUUGGCUGUUGCACCUUCUCUUCCUGUUCUCGUCAGGCCUGGGGCACGAACUCUUUUACAUCACCUGUUUGCCAUGCAUACACUGGAACCUGGACCCAUUCCUGUGCCGACGCCUGGUCAACAUGUGGACAGUGGUGAUGUACAUCGGCCAGGUGUUGAAAGAUGUGUUGAAGCUACCUCGCCCUCUCUCACCCCCUGUGAUCAAGCUGGAGACACGUGUCGAUGCAGAGUACGGGCUGCCCUCCACCCACGCCAUGGCCGCCACCGCCAUCUCUUUUACAGUUUUACUAAGUGCUCCCUCCAGGAUACAGUUCCAGUUCGAGGUGGGUCUGCUGAUCGCAGUGACGCUGUCGUCUUUGGUGUGUCUGAGCCGCCUCUACACUGGCAUGCACUCAGCUUUGGAUGUGAUCUGUGGUGCUUCCAUCUCAGCCAUCCUCAUGUUCCUCACCUACCCAUAUUGGGACACCUUGGACCAUUUCCAGCUCACCAGCUGCAUCUCCCCCAUUGUGGCAUUGUCAUUGCCCCUCUUCCUCAGCUACACAUACCCAGAGCUGGACCAUUACAGCACCACGCGAGGGGAUACGACGACCAUUCUAGGAGUAGGUGCCGGGUGCUCUAUUGGAUACUGGGUGAAUGAGAAGCUGGGACAGACGUUUGAGCCCCAGGGGGUAUUACCUGUUCCCCUACCCACACUGACGGCAAAUGCACUGGCACUAGGUGCUGCCCGCUUCCUUGUGGGUGUUGUAGCAUUAAUAGGAACUCGACAGGUUGUGAAAACACUGAGCCUGCAGGUGUUGUAUUUCUGGUACAGAGUGCCAAAACAUGACGACAGUGCCAGAAGGAGGAGAGAGAUUGAAGUGCCGUAUAAGUUUGCCACAUACAUGACUGUUGGACUUGUCAAUUCUAUAUUGGUCAACAGAGUCUUCAUUCUACUGGGGCUACUAUGAUCUAAAAACACAAGACUCGUGUAACGAUCUUAAAUUACAACAACAAAAAUGUACCUCUUAUUUAUUUGUGUGUAUCAAAUGAUCUU